CUGCAGGUUACUUGUCGACAACUGUAGAAGAACUGUAAUUGUGAUGGUUUAUGUUUGAACGAUGGCAAUGAACGACAGCAUUAGUAUCUUGAACUCUGCUUAUCUGGCGGUGGAAUAUAUAGACUCUUUCUUGCCUGACAAUCCCCUGCAGCAACCAUUUAAAAAUGCCUGGAAUUACAUGCUGGAUAACUACACAAAGUUCCAGAUUGCAACUUGGGGAUCGCUUAUAGUUCAUGAAGUUUCAUACUUCUUGUUCUGUGUACCUGGAUUUGUCUUCCAGUUUAUACCGUACAUGCAAAAGUAUAAAAUUCAGCAGGAUAAACCAGAAACGUGGGAAAAACAGUGGAAGUGUUUCAAAACACUCCUCUUCAAUCACUUUUUCAUUCAACUUCCUCUAAUUUGUGGCACCUAUUACUUCACAGAGUUUUUUAACAUCCCAUAUGAGUGGGAAGAGAUGCCUAGAUGGUAUGUUCUGGCUGCCCAGUGUUUGGGAUGUACAGUGAUUGAGGAUGCCUGGCACUAUUUCCUGCAUAGGUUGCUGCAUCACAAGAGAAUAUACAAGUAUAUCCAUAAGGUUCACCAUGAGUUUGUUUCUCCAUUUGGAAUGCAAGCAGAAUAUGCACAUCCUCUGGAAACACUUAUCCUUGGAACUGGCUUUUUUAUUGGGAUUGUUGUUUUCUGCAACCACAUGAUUCUUCUGUGGGCAUGGGUGAUAUGUCGCUUGAUGGAAACCAUUGACGUACACAGGUGAAAUCCUCAUUG